AUGGACGGACUUAAAGCCGAGAAGAUUGCCCUGGCAAAGAAAAAGUUGAAAGAAUUCGAGCUUCGACGAAAUCGAGAAAACGGUUUUUCGCCAACUCCAUCGGGAACCUCUUCCACCUACAAUGAUCAACUUGGAUCGGCGCCACCUUCUUUUCAAUCGGAUCGAAAUGGCAGAACAUCGGUAACAAGCAAUCAUUCUGGAAACGUGGAGACUCUCGAUGCAGGUCCUGUAGCUCAUUUUGAGGGAAGAAAUGGUAUUCACAAUUCGGAUACAAUAAUUUCUAUUCCGUCAAUUCUUCCGACUGCUUGUCCAUCUUCUUCAAAUCUCGAACUAGAGAAUUUGCGUGUCCAACUACAAGAUCGUGAUCAAGCCCUGCAAAGUUUGAACAAGCAAUUGGAAGAACUGAAUGGAUACUACGGUCAACUACAUGCAGCAUACACUGAAUUGAGCGCAAAAAAUGUGAACAUAUCAGGUCCCGGGGAUCAAAUCGCACAACUUCAAGCGGCACUUUCUGGUCUUGUUGCUGAGAAAACUGGUCUUCAAGCAGAGCUACGGAAUGCAAAAGAAGAGCUUGAGUUUUUGAAACACGAAUUGGAAGAACUGGAGAGCGAGAGAAGGGAAUCGGCACUGAAAUUAAGAACUCUGAAUGUUGACUCUGCAACAUCAUCGAAACGAGGCUCAAGUUCGAUUGAAGAACGAUCCUAUCGAGAUAAAGAAGCUAUGGGAAAUGAAUUGAAGAAUUUGCGAAAAGAAUCUGAAUGUGAGAAAUUUCGUCAUGACGUAGAGAGGCUUUCUGUAGAGCUUGAAGAAGCUAAGAGAGAAGUCAAUGAAUCUCGGACACAAUACAAUGAAUAUGGAACAUACAUGAACGAAAAUAUUGCUAGAUUAAACAAGGAACUUGAUGAAUCUUCAUUGGCGAAACAUACUCUGGAGACGCGCUUAAAUGAGGUGGAAAACCAGCUCGAAUUGGCACAACAGGAAAAAGCUGAGAAUCGGAAGAAACUCGAUAGCCAGAGAGCUUCCCCAAGUUUACAGGGUUCAUCUCAAAAUCUAAUUCCAAGUGAUACCGAGGUUUUAAAGAAGAUUGAUGAUGCGGUACGCCGUGUCACCACUCAUUGGGAACAACUCUUAGAGCAAGCGAGAAAAGAAUAUGAAGAUGGGAACAAAGAAAAGGAUCGGCUACUAUUUGAGCGAGAAGCAUCAAUAGCUGAGUUACAACUGAAACUGCGGCUAUCUGCAGAAAAUGAAAAAGUUUAUGGAGAUGCUUCAACUGGGCUACUUUCACUUUCGGAGCAACUACAAGCAGAAAAAGCCACAGUGUCACGCGCUGUCGCCCAGAAUAGAGAGUUGAAAGAACAGCUAAUUACAACAGAAGAUCGUUUGAUUCAAUUAACAGGAGAGAAAUGUGCAACAGAACUCUCUCGUCAAACCGCGGAACAUCAAGUUAAAGAGUUGCAAAAACAAUUGGAACAGACGUCUUCAUCUCGUUCACACUCUUUCUCCCCACAAGCACAAGAAGGCGAUAACAAUGCAUCAGCUGUUGUUGCACAACCGGAACCUCCUCUUGGUAAAGAUCCUUAUGCGCAGCGGAACCACGUGAUGCACGAUGAUGAGGUUUCUAUUGCCUCUGAAGCUAUAAACAACGAUAGCCAAGAUUUGAAAAAUGAAUUGGACGAGACGAGAAGACAAUUGGAUGAGGUUAGAGCUGAGUUGCGCCGAUCACAUACACAAAAUGAACAGAUGAAUCAAAUCAUGCGCCAGAACGCUGAAGAUGAGAAUCAAAAUAGCAUUCUUGUGGAAUUGGGAGCAAGCGAUUUCUCGGAACAAGUUGAAGAAGCCUCCGCUUCUCGCCGAACGAGCAGAAAAACCAACAAUCCUCAAGUUCAUCAUCCAGUUUUCUACCUCAAGAGCGCUUAUGCAGAAUCAAUACAGCGUUUAGCUGAAAUGCAAGAACAGUGUGAUAGAGUCGAACGUCUUCGUCAGAAAGACGAACAAAUGGCGGCCCUUGAGAAGGAGCGUGAACGCGUUGUGGCUAGAUGUAAUGAACUACAGCAAGCACUUAUGCAUGUACCGGCGUUCCGUCCCCGCUUAUACAGCCAUUCAACGGUAUUUAAAUUCAGUGGAGAUGAAGAGUGCAUUGUUGAGCAGGUGCAAAAGAGAAUUCUCAAUCCCUUCCGCCAAAUGUUCAUCAUUCAACAGAAACCAAUGGUCAAAAAGAAAUUCGAUCAACUGGAAGAGAAUUCACCACCGACUGAUUGGACAAAUCGCGAAGAUGCGGUGAAGAAAAUCAUGGACAUCAUCGACGAUAUAAAGAAACCGAUCAUGCCUUUGUCUUCAUUAAAACUGCAGCUUUUCUUUUCGAAAAUUGCACGAGUUUUGGUUUAUAAUUUAGUGAAUGAGCGAAGAUUAGAAUCGUUAGAAGUUUUAUUAGCUGAACGGAUUAACGCUGCAAAGGAUCUUUUCUCGAAGCUACACGAGGAUCAGUAUGCCAAGAUACUGGGGGAUUGGGAAAUUUCGCAAUCGACUAGCCAGCGAGCUUCGUUUCUUGAAGGUGGCGUAGGUGUAUGCUUCAAUGCACCUGUACAUGAACCACGAGCACUUAGCGAGCAAAAAGAGGAUGUUGUCGAUGGCAAUUAUGUGUUAACCUGCGGCUCCGACAAAACGAUAAAGCUCUCGAAUCCAAACACGGGUGCUCAUGUUAGCACAUUUAUGGGUGUGGGCAACGAGAUAUUAGGACAUGGCCUUCUUCUUCGGAUAACUCGCAACUUGCUGCUGGUGGACUUGAUAAAUGUGUCACGGUUAUUGAUGUGGAGACCGGGAAAACGGUUAGAAAAAUAUCGAAAUCAUGCCGCAAAAGUUAACGUUGUCUGUUAUAAUGAAGAAUCGGAAACUGUCUCUUGUCUGGUCGAUGGAUACAACUGUUCACGUUUUUAUGAUGUGGAACCAAAAAUGAAGAAGCUAUUCAGAUUUUUAAUGAAGCAGCUGAUGCGAUACUUUCCUGAUACAUGUAAAUGGACACGAUAUCGUGGUAAAAUUGAAGAUUUUCUUGGCGAAUCGGUGACGUCUAUAUUUCGUUUACUCCCAGAUGGAAAUUGCAUACUUGCUUCCACUUUGGAUAGCACAUUGAGACUGAUGGACAAGUCAAGGAGCGGAAAAUGCUCGCACAGCGAUGAUUUAUGUUGUCGUUGGUGCGGCGUUGGGGGAGUCUCUUGUGUUAGAUGUCUACGAGCAAGAAUUUAUCACAGGAAGAUGGAGGUGUACCAGAUCACAGCAGGACGUCAUGUAAAAAGCAUUCACAAUUGGAUUAAGAGUCUCUAUUUUCCAAUGGUAAGCAAAUUAGCGUUUGAUCGACUUGUGAUUGCAACUGGAGCUAGGCCAAAGAAUCCGUAUCCACAUGUUUCUCGAGUGUUGACUCUUCGUGACACCGAAACGGCUCGCCAUUUGGAGAGAAAGAUUGGCAGGGGCUCCUAUGAACUACGGAAAGUCGAGAUUUUCUGGUGCAUUCGAGAAGAACACAUUUCCGCCGUUUAUUUCGAUGUGGCGACGGCAAAGGUUCUGGAAGACCGAGCGAAAGUUGGACCCUGUGAAGCGCAUGAAGUAUGCGGAUGCUGGAGAAGGGUCUCUCAACAAAUUGUGACACGACCACCGGAUGUGCUCUGGGGCCUGAUUGGAGUACUGUUGUCAACCUCGAAGGAGGAUCUGAAGUCGGAAAUCGUAAUUUGGGCAACGGGAUUAGUGCCGAGA